GUGUGGCGGACAUAUAUGGACAGCAACUGGUCGAGGACCGGGCCGCGGGGACACUAGAGCCCCGAAAUCAACUCAAGAUAACCUCAAGAUAACCUACAGCAUUCUUGACGUGAGUGGAACACAGACUUGUUCAUCGUGUUCAUUAGAUAAGAACAAGAUAAGAAAAUGAUAUUUGAUGAACUUAUAUAUUAUUGCUGGCUUAAGUGAUACAGUUAGUGAUUAGUGCCCAAUCGCUAUCAAACAGUGAGGUGAAGAUGGGCGUCUGGCGCGCCUGGCUACCGUGGUUGAUUGUGGUAGUGGUGAUUGUGGUGCACAGUCGACAGGACUCGAACCACCGCCAACUAAGUGACAAGCCGCUGCGCCAUCUGGCUAUCUACAGACAUUCCAGAACCCGACACACCUCUGCUCCCUCCAGCGUCUUGAAGGACUCCCCCAAGACCCUUGAUGCUGUGGUCCACCUCGUACACACAGGGAAACAGGGACGCAAGGAGCUUAAAAACUCGACAUCAGCGAGGCAGAAGAGCGAUAUAUUCAGCCCAAAAGUGCACAAGCGGUCCCCACCGACGGAGGAAUGCGGCGCGGAUCCUCCGCCAGUUAAACCACCCAAAAAUGACAGUACCGUGGACAGGGUGAUUGACGUAGCAGUGAUUGUUCCGUGUAAUGCCUCGCACCAGUACUCUCGGGUGAAGGUCCUGCCUGUGGUGGAACUAGCGGUGAGGCACCUCCGAGAGACAGGUCUUAGAGGACCACUUCAGAACUACACCAUUAAUGUCACCUACAGGGACUCAAGGACCUCCUCCACCUUCGGCCCUCUGGCGGCCGUCGACCUGUACUUCAAUAACUCAGCAGGUAAGCUAAUUACACCUUUCUUGAUUGUUUAG